AUGUCUGAAGUUUCUUUCGAGGCCAUUCUGCUUCGCAAGGCCGUCUCCGAGCUGCCUGCCAAGCUGAAGAGGGUCUACAGCUCGUACAGCGCCGAUGCCCGCCCGGGUAUCCAGGAACAGCGUGUGGUUGCGGUCUGCAACUUGGUGGGCGGGAUCACCGACAUCGAAGUCGGUCAGCAAGUGCUUUUCGCACUAUUGACGGAAGGAAUGGUGUUAAAAACAGCUUCGCCGUCGGGACCCGAGUGGGUUCUCCACAUGCUGAAGUGGAUCGUGGAAAGGGGCUCGCAUCCGAAGGACAUUACGGAUGCGUAUAGCCUUUCGCUUUUCAAGGCUGCGACGGGCACGGCUAUGAGGAAGUACCAGGAGGACAUCAACAGGGUGCCGGCGUACACCGGUUCGGAUAUGUGGUGGGACAUCCUUCCCGAGCCUGCAGAUGCCGUCUCCGGCAAUCCGGCCGUCCCCGCGCAACCACACCUUCCGCCCGCUCCCGCUCCCGCCCCGACGCAGGCCACGGCUUCCACGACGGCGCUAUUUGACUCGCUGCUUCCUACGCGCGAGGCCGCGCCAAAGUCCGGCACGUCUCAGGGCGAGGACAAGGGCCCCGACGCUGGUCCCGACGUUCCCGACAAGUCCAACCCCGCUCCGUCGGGACGCGGCGGGAAGCGUCGGGAGCUCGCGGACAUCACUUCCGAGGACGAGGACGCCCCUCGUCCAAAGAGGAACCGCGCGCGCGGCGUCAUCAAGUCCACCGUCGUCGUCGACAGCGAGGACGAGGACCAGGACGAGCUCGAGGCCACGCCCGCGCCCAAGAAGAGGACGAAGGCAGCGUCGAAGCAGAAGCCGAAGCCGAAGCCGAAGGUAACGAAGGCAAAUGUCAACGCCAAGGCAAAGCCCGCCGCCGGCGAUGGCGACGACGCGGACGUGGCGGAUCUCGGCAGCGACGCUGAUGCUGACGGGGACACGGACGAGGAAGUGAAGGCCGCCAAGAGGACGCGUGGGGCAAGCAGGAAGGGAAAGGAGAAGGAGGUCGUGCCGGAGGAGAUGGAGGUGGAUGGGGACGUAUACGAACCUCCUAAGACGAAGAGGAGCGCGAAGGGCAAGCGUAAGGCCGUGCAGGAGAGCGACGAUGAGGUGGCGGUCGUCGCGCCCCCGAAGAAGGUCGGGAGGACGAAGACGCCCGCGGUCAAGCCGCCGAGGCACCGUGCCGUGCGCGAUGCCUCGUGGUGGUCUGUCAAGGGUAUGCGGUUCGCGGCCGAGCGCGAUGUUUAUAAGGCGCUGGAGGCCGCGUCGCCGGCUACGCCUGUCGACGAUUUCACCCUCUUCCAGACCCCCGAAAUGCACGGCUUGAAGCGCGAGAACUUGGCUCAGUAUAAGGAGCCUUGCGAGGAAUGCUGGAGGUUGAAAUCGCGGUGUAUUGUGCGGCCCCUCACCAGCACGAAGAAGGGGUGGACCUGCCUGCACUGCUACAACAAGCAGCGCGGCUGCUCUGCCAAGAUCGCUGGAAGGGCGCCUGAGAUCGGGAGGGACAUCGAGUUCCUCACGCCCGAGGGCCACAACGGCGUGUUGCCCCAGUUGCUUCCUCCGGACGCAACUGUGCGUGUUGCGAUGUUGGAGAAGCUGUUGGCUGAGAAGAAGCUGAAGGCUUGGCCCUGGUACAUUGACGAGGCUGGCACCAUCACGAACCCCGACUUCGCCCUCAAGCUCACCAGCGGCGAAGCGGCGUCUCAGUUUGCCAAGGUUCCGCUAACGUGGCCUGAUGACGCGAGCUAUCGCUUGGUCUACCCGGGGAUCAACAUGUCGAACGUCCAAGUCAUCAAGGGGGAAAUUCCCGAUGCCGUCCUCCCUCCGCCCGCGCCCGCGUCCGCUGAAGUCAUCGACGUUGACGCGCCCGCCACAUCUGGUGGCCCCGGACCUCGCACGCGCUCGAAGUCGAACGCUGGCAGGGACAAAGCGCCGCUGGCCCUCGUCCCGACAGCUGGCCCGAGCAACCCGACGGUCCCGACGGCCCCGACUAUGCCGGCUGUGCCCUCUCGGCCCGUCGUUGGGGCUGCAGGUGUUGAAUUCCAGUUUGCCGAUCGCGCCGGCAUCGUCGACACUCUGGACGAGAUCACGCGCUCCCUCGACCGUCUUCACGAGCGCUUGGGUGCGAUCGAGUUCGUCUUGGGCAUCGACGAGCCCAUCUUCAACGUCAAGCACCCGCGCCAGGCGUUAGGUGGCCGGCCGCAGAAACCCGUUCGUUACGGCCUUUCCCUUGAUGGCGUCAGGCGGGCCAGGGUUCCAACUCCUUCGGAGGACGAGGAUGAUGCUGAGGAUCCGGAGGACGAGCAGAAUGGCGAGGAGAAGAUGCAGGAGGACGGGCACGCCACCAACGAGGACGCGCCUAUGCAAGACGACUUCGACAAGGAUGGCCCGCCACGUCCCGACACCGCUCCCGAGCAACCCGAACCGUCAUCGUCGGGAACCUCUGGACCCACCCGCGCCCCCCUCCCUCUCGGUUCGGCGUCUGCACCUGCCCCGGGGAAGGACGCGCCAGCAAUCAAGCCCUCUGGAGCUCUUGUUGCUGACGCCACUCCGCAGUUGCCGGCUGCUGCUCCCGUGCCCGACCCCCAGCCAGCCGCUCAGACGCCGACACCCGCCAGGCCUCAUGAGGCUCUGCCACCCGCUGAACCCUCCGCCACGAAGGAGACAGCAACGACUUCCCCGGAGCACGCAUCCGCGACGCCUGCUACGCCUGUGGCAGGAUCAGGACCUACGGCAACCGCGACAGCGCCGACUUCACCAAAGGACGCUCUCGGGAAGCCAUCCGCCGCCAACGCUUCCCCGUCCGCGCCGCUCGCCCUCCCCCCCACACAAAGCGCUCCUUCUCCGGCGGAGAGCGACUUACCCAUGGGUUCGGACGACGAGGAUCUGCGACGCUCGAGAGAUCCCGCGGCAGAUGCUAGCCCGGCGAAGGGUAAACGCGUGAGGCUGCAACUACCGGAAAAGGCGGACACUGGCAACACGAACGCUGCGUCGGGACCGUCGGGACAGGUGCCCACGCACGAGGCCUUCGACGGCGAGCUGUCGGAGCUGGACUCUGGGGACGAGGAUGACAUCGUCGACAAGGACGAUGCUCCCAGCACGACCGUUGCGGAGCAGAAGUCCCAAUCGCCGGUGGAGAAGAGCGUGACGCCUCCCGCCACCGCAUCCGAAGCCAUCGUCACGCCUGAGCCGGCGGUCGAGGAGGCGGAGGAGGUUCCCGAGCCAUCCCCGAAGAAGCGUGGCACUCGCAGCAUGCCCUCUGGCCCGCCGUUAGCCACUCGUCGCAGCAAGAAGGCUGAUCAGCCUGAGCCCGCGCCGUCUCAGGCGGCUGCAUCUGGCCCGUCGCGCAAGCGCAAGCUCCCGCUGCCGGAGGAGGAAGAUGAGGAGGAGGAGGAGGAGCCGGUGAAGAAGAAGGCGACCAAGGCAGCCAAGGCAGUGGCCAAGAAGCCACAGGCACCGAAGCCGAGGAACAAGAAGAAGAACUAG